ACUCAAAUAAAAAUUUAAUCUUUUUUCAUGGUUUGGAUGUUUUUGCCCAUAGUUCAAGUUUUUCUGUGAUGGGAACUUGAAAAUAUUAAUGGGUUUUUGAAAUCUUUGCAAUGAAGUAAAGAAUAGAGAGUGAGGAAGUUUCAAGAUUUCAUUUUUAUCAUAGAUGGACUUGUUUUGUCAUAUCUUUACUUUAUUGAAUACUGUAGUUUUUGUUUCUCAUGUUGUAGUUUUGUUUGAUUUGAUGAAUUUUGAUGUGGGUGUGAAUGAAUGGUUGAUUACUUGAUUGAUUGUUCAACUUGGGAAAAAGUGAUAGGCUAUGUAAAACAACAGUGUCCAAUUAAAGUGGUGUUUGGAUUCUUUACGAGUCAAUGUCUUAACUUUUUUUAAAGUAUAGUUUGGCAAUUUGAAAGCAAUGAUCUUUAACCACAUAAGGCUUUUACGUGUCAUUUCAAAGUAGGAAUCUCUAAACCAUUAAGCACUUUCCAUUUUGGAAUUCAUAGUGUUGAAUGUUGAUGUUGGGAGUCAUCUUUUCCCUUUUCUUGAGAUGAACAUUUCAAGAAUUGAAAAGGGGGAUUUGAUAACAUGGUUUGGUGAUCAAUCGAAUUCGGAUAUUUGGGCUUGAAGUAGAUGGUGUUCUUGCAAGGAGUUUGAAUUAUUGUUAUCAGUGUGUGCAUAGUGUUGAUGUUUGUUUAGAUAGUGACAAAAUUCUGAGUUUUGUUUUUUAAAUUCCAAUUUUUGUACCUUUUGCCCCUAAUGUUUGUUUAGUGUUAGAUUUGGCAUGGAAAACACCACAUGGAGAGAGAGAAAGAGAGGUGGUUGGACAUAAUCUUGAUCUGCCAAAGGGGGGGUUAGGAUAUGUCCAUUGGCACUAAAUGUGGCAAUAUUCCAAAUCUCUCAACUUUACAAAUUCAAAAUGUAUGGGCUCAAAUGUUGAUACAAAAAAGUAACAUCUUUAAAAAAAAUCAUUUGAUUCAUUUCACCAGACAGAUUCUUGAGAGAAAUGGAGAGAUUUGAACUUAGCUCUAUCUAAUGCAGUACUCGAGACAUAGUUGCUUCGUCUCUGUCGUCUUCUAGUUUCGUAUCAUUUGCUCAAAUUCCGCUUCGUUAGUUAUGUUUAAGACAGCAUAAAUUUGCCCUUUUUCUAAGUUAGGAAAGCAAGGUUGGAAGUGUGAAAAUUGAUGAUGAUUUAUCAGUUUUACUUGCUGAAAUUCUAAGUAGUAACUACUUAGGAAAGUAACUCAUUUAGAUAGGUUCGAAGUGUGCAAAUUGAUGAUGAUUGAUCAGUUUUAUUUUACUGAAAUUUGUAUAGCUAUAUAUACCUGCACAUUAUAAGUUUAUCAUUUCUACCAGAUUGAAUCUCUGAAGAAAGAUACACAAAUUGAUUUUCUCUAUUCCUCUAAAAACCACCAUGGAGGUCCGUAGGGAAACAUCAGCUCCUAACGCGUUGGCAGAGCCUCAAGUUUGGCCUUGGAAGUCUAUAUGUGUUGACAGCCCGUCGUACGCCUCAAAGGGCUCGGAGACUCAAGCAGUAGGCGCCAGCAGCGGCUCGUCUCAUGACCAGUCGGACGAAGAGGACAUUGAGAUAGAAGCCGGCUCUUAUGACCACAUCACGAACCCCGCUGAUGUCAAACGCAUCAAAAGGAUGGUCUCCAACCGCGAGUCUGCGCGAAGAUCCAGACGAAGGAAGCAAGCACACUUGGCAGAUCUUGAACAGCAGGUGGAACAAUUGAGAGGUGAGAAUGGAACUCUCUUCAAACAGCUUGCUGAAGCCACUCAGCAAUUCAAAGACUCAACGACGAACAACCGCGUGCUGAGGUCAGACGUGGAGGCGCUACGAGCCAAGGUGAAGCUGGCCGAGGAUAUGGUGGCUCGGGGCUCGUUGACAUCGAGCCUGAGCCAUCUUAUCCAAAACUACCUCACCACGCCACAGGACUACGUGAACAGCAGCAGCGGUGGCAACAGUAGCAGCAUUCCCCCGAUGAUGGGGGGCCGUGCUGAUGAUGGCUCUCCGUAUUCUGGAUCAGCAGCGGUUCAGAAUCCGGAGAGCUUCAGCAGCAACGGGGAGGCCGGCCCGGAGAUGUGGGCUUGGGAGGGCAAUCAUGGUCAUCACAAAUGAAGAUUGAAGUGCUUUUGUUUUCUUGUUUUUAUCCAUUUUUGUGUUGAUUUGUUUGCUAGAUUUUGUGUUUUUGCCUUUGGACGUGUUUGAACUGUGGUUGUGGAAUUUAAUAAUACCUCUCCUUGCUUUGUUA